CCCCCACCCCCAGGCCCUCCAGACCACUGAGUGAAGGCCUCCCAGUGGGUCUGGAGCAUGUGCUGACUGCCUGGUGUGCAACCGUAUGUGUGUGUGUGCCUGUGUAUGUGUGUGUGUGAGAGAGAGUGAGAGAGAGAGAGACAGAGAGAGAGAGAGAGAGAGAGAGAAAGAGACACGGCACAUUGGUGAGGCUGCCCACACACGCCACUGUGGACAAAGAUGGAUGCGACUGUGUGUGUUUGUGUCCGGUGACUGCAUAUGUGUGUUAUUGUAAGCAUGUGGCCAAGAGUCUGUGAUUCGUGAGUUUUGGGGACUGGGAAUGUGUGCUUAUGGAUAUCAGGUGUGUGGCUGAGUGUUCAUGUGUGUUCAAGAGUGCGUGUGUUUGUGUUUCAGCAUGACUAAGACUCUUCCUGUGACGACGCUGUGUGUGUGUGUGUGUGUGUGUGUGGGGGCGGGUGUAACUGAACGUUCGUAUGGGUGUCUGCAUGUUUACAAGUAUUUGUGUGUUUAGGUGUGCAUGUGGCUCUGCGUGUGCUUCUGCGUGGAGGGGCCGCUACAGGUGGAGGACGCCAAGGGUUUCAUAACUGCGUGUCCGCCUCUCUCUGCCCAUGACUAAGCAUGUGGCGCUCCGGCCUGUCUCUAUAACGUGUGUUUGGUUGCAGUGCGUUUGUGUUGAAGGGUGUGUGUUGCUACAAGUGCAUCUACAUUUUCCUGCCGCACCAUGGCUAUGGAUACAGGGGACAUCAGGCUCUUCCUAACUGUCUUGCUGUGUGCGUGUUUGGUUAUGUGCGUAGUCCACAUUUUAACAGUGUGUAUCUGUGCUUUUCUGGGCAUAUGACCUAUGGCACGCAUGCUUGGGACCUUGGCAAUGAGUGUUUUGGUGUUUCUGCUUGCGUUUCUGUAUUCCGAGUGCGCACUUGUGUUUUCCUGGGGGUCUUCGGCCCGGCCAGGGUCCGGUUCACGCGACUUGUCCAGAGCAGGCCCGUGCGUAGCCACCCGUGUGCUGUCCCGUGUGCGCAACGAGCGCCCAACGUGCGCGAGAAGCCCAGCACGGCACCAGGAGCAGGACCCGCGCCCGCGCCGUUCCCCGGACCGCGACCCCCGCCGCCGCGCGAUGACCGCGACCAAAGCCCUCCUGCCCGUCCUCUUGCUCCUGCUGGCUUUCGGCCACACCAACCAUGGAUCUGAAUGCCUCCUGAACUGUGACCCCGCACGUGGACACUGUGACGAAGACAGUAUUUGCAGGUGCAAGCCUGGCUGGCAGGGUGCCCUGUGUGACCAAUGCAUGACCAAUCCUGGCUGCGUUUACGGAAUCUGUGAAGAACCCUGGGAUUGCCUUUGCAGCGAUGGCUGGGGCGGAGACUUCUGCGAGAUAGACCUCCGGCCUUGUAACUCGAGCCCCUGUGCCAACGAAGGGAACUGCAUGGACCUGAACGACGGCUCCUUCCUAUGCUCCUGCCCCCGUGGCUUUGCGGGACUGACCUGUGAGAGAACCCACGGGCCCUGUGCCAUCCAAGGGUCCCCCUGCAAGAACAGAGGCUACUGCGUGGAUGACGAGGGCGAGGCCGACUUCCCCUCCUGCCUGUGCCGCCCUGGCUUUGCAGGCAACUUCUGCGAGAUCGUGACCAACAGCUGCGACCCCAACCCGUGCAAGAAUGACGGCGUCUGCACCGACAUCGGGGGCGACUUCCGCUGCCGCUGCCCGGCCGGCUUCAUCGACAAGACCUGCAGCCAGUCCGUGAACACCUGCGGCGGCAUCCCGUGCCUGAACGGGGGCGCCUGCAUGCAGCACUCCCAGGCUAUCUGCUUCACCAUCCUGGGAGUGAUCACCACUCUGGGGCUGCUGGGCCUCUUGGGCCUCUUCUUCCUCAACAAGUGCGAAUGCCUGACGUCCUUCGUGCGCAAGCACUGGCCCUUCCGCGAGAGCAGCAGCGUGCUCCUGCACUACCAGAGCGGCGAUGACCUGACGGUCAACAUCGUGCUCCCGGAGAAGGUCGACAUGACCACCUUCAACCGGGAUACCAUGGAGGAUGCCAUCUGAGCAGCGUCCCACAGCCUCCCGCCCCAUCCCCGGGGAUUCGCAUAGUUCGCUUUGUGCGGUCUGUCCUAGUCCUUGUGGUGGAGUGCGCUUUAUCUUGUGUCAAAUCUGGUGAACGCUGUGGUUGCGUAUAUUGUCCUUGUGUUGCCGUGUGAC